UGAGUGGACGUGGAAUAUAAUGGCGGACAUGACCACGCAGACGCCCGCCGAGGACGCGCAGGCGCUGGCCAAGCUGCCGCAGAAGAAGUUCUAUCGCUCGCGCGCGCACUGCAACCCGCUGUCGCACAAUGACUGCUUCAACUACCCGCAGACGCCCGACGAGAUGGACUGGUCCACCCACUACCCGGGCAUUGAAAACCCGUGAGCACCUGUAGUUUUUAGUGUGAAUAUGACGUUGGGUUCAAGUAUCAUCAGUAAAUUGUUUGUUUGGAGCAGGAGUGUCGACUUUUUGGACGUCGGCUGCGGCUUCGGUGGACUCACGGUGAAGCUGGCGGAGCUGUUCCCGGACAAGUUGACGCUGGCGCUGGAGAUCCGCGCCAAGGUGACGGAGUACGUGCGUCUGCGCAUUGAGGCGCUGCGUGCCGAGCGCCCGGGCCAGUUCCAGAACGUUUCGGCGCUGCGCACGAACGCGAUGCGCUACCUGCCGCACUACUUCCGCAAGGGGCAGAUGACCAAGAUGUUCUUCUGCUUCCCGGACCCGCAGUUUAAGGCGCGUCUGCACCGCCGCCGCAUUGUCCACACGCCCCUGCUGGCUGAGUACGCGUACCUGUUGGCGCCUGGCGGCAUCCUGUACACCAUCACGGAUGUCGAGGAGCUGCACGAGUGGCACGUUGAGAAGUGCUCGAGCCACCCGUGCUUCACGCGCAUCCCGGACAGCGAGCUGGCUUCCGACCCGUGCGUGAAGGCCAUGACGGAAGAGACGGAGGAAGGCAAGAAGGUCGCUCGUGGUGGCGGCAAGAAGUACGUCGCUGUGUUCCGGCGGAAGGCCAACGAGGAAGUCGCUGUCGACAACCUCUUCUGGUAAAGAAAAACGAAAGCAGUCAAAGGAGGAACAGGAGCCCCAAUGCCAACGUUAGAAU